AUGAUCAUGAUGAAUAUCACAAAUGUCUCAUAUUUUAUACUUUCUGCUUACUAUGAUGCUGGAGUCCUAAAAUAUUUAUUUUUCUUGGUGGUCCUGUUUCUGUAUGGUCUUAUUAUCGGCUGUAAUGUUGUUCUGAUCGUGGUUAUCUGUGUGAACAGGAGUCUACAUGAACCUAUGUACAUGUUUCUGUGCAGCCUGUUUGUAACUGAGCUGUAUGGAAGUUCAGGCUUGUUUCCAUUCCUGCUGGUUCAGAUUCUCUCAGAUGUUCACACCGUUUCUGUUCCACUUUGUUUCCUGCAGGUCUUCUGUCUUUAUUCAUAUGGAAGUGUAGAGUUUUUCACUCUUGCAGUCAUGUCUUAUGACAGAUAUGUUGCCAUUUGUUUUCCUUUGCAGUACAACACCCUGAUGACAACUAAUAAGAUUGUUGGACUUGUUGUUUUCAUGUGGUGUUAUCCUUUUCUUACUGUUUUGAUUAUGGUAUCAAUGACUGCACGUUUGCAGCUGUGUGGAAACAUUAUUAAUAAAAUUUAUUGUGAUAAUCCCUCUAUCCUUAAGCUGGCCUGCUUUAACAUCACAAUUAAUAAUAUUUAUGGAAUUUUUAACAUGUUUCAGAUGUUGUUUUUCCCUGCAAUAUUGAUAUUUUACACGUACAUGAGCAUAAUCAAAGUGUGUAUUUCUGGAUCCAAGCAGACCCGGCAGAAAGCUGUCAGUACCUGCACACCUCAUUUAAUUUCUCUGUUCAACUUAUUUUUUGGUUCUUUCUUGGAGAUGUUAGAAAAUAAACUGAACACGAGCAGUUCUCAUGGGGUGCUUCGGGUUCUAGGAAACUCUGCAAUGGCUUACCUUAUCACCUGUCAAACACUCUUUAACCCUGUGUUAUAUGGGCUAAAAAUGUCUAAAAUACGUAGUUCUUUUAAGAGUCUUGUAGAUAAAAUAUUACAUCACUCCUAA